UGUCGCGAUCAAGUCCACCCCAUGACGUCGCUUACCUACCCUGCACACGGGUUACCGCAGAUCCCCAACUCCAACGGGAUCCGAAGUUACCUUACUGGACUCGCUUCUUCUCAACACCACUUGCUGUCGACCAUCGUACGCGACAAAACGCGUCCGAGGCCUAGCCUCUCGCGAGGACGCAUCCAACUCUCAACCACCACCCGCAAUCAAAGCGAUAAUGACAGGGUACCAUAACCCACCGCCGCCCAACUACCAAACUCCCCGAUUCCCGUCCCUGAACAUUGGGACCGUCUACGACUACAGCCAGGAUCGGCGCUACACGCUCUACUACGUUUCCGAUGUCUGGCGCUUCACGGUCAUUUGGACUCUCAUCGUCUAUGCGCUCUUCCAUCUAGGCGCAGUCGUGGUGGCUGUGCUUACGCAUGGCUGGCGGAUUUCCACGUGGAAGUACCUCUGGGCGGUGCCCAUUGUGUACUUGGUCAUUGCUGGUCUGGAAGCAAUCCUCGCAGGGAGCAUCGUGGGGGUUAUGUCAGUCUUUGACGACCGAUGGAAGGCGAGAACAGGAAUGCUGACUGCUGUAGGCUCGGAGCUGUGUAUUCGGCCGGAUACUACGAAAUGAACACUUGGAUCCCCUGCACGUGGGGAUUCAUCAACUUGCUGAUAUUGAUUAUCUCUUCGUUUACGAUCCAAGGCGGCCUCUGAAGGGCGUCAAUGCCCACAGAUAUCUAGGAGGAGAACUAGAAGAAGCAACAGCACGACAGCAUCGCCGGGCGGCUAGACGGGAGGAC